AUUUACUUUAUAUAACUAUAAAGAUAACUGUUACUAUUCAUAUUUCUUUAAGAUACAGUUCUAAUACGCAUUAUUCAAACUUGCAGAUCAUUUUGUUUUGCAUGGAUGAGGCCCAUCAGUAACAUGUUUUAUAACAUAAGCUAUGUAUUUUAUUUUAUCUAGUGUCACCACAAACUGAAAUGACGUUCUGUGAAUAUAUUUAAGCAUAUUUAAGAGUGUUUUCCUUACUGCAUUAAUUAGCGAGCAAUUUAGAUUUACAAAUGUAUUUCGGAAAAAAAUAUUUUAAAAAACGAUUAAAUGAUUACUGUAUCGUGCAGUCACGAGUAACUAUGACGACUGCAUUCAGCAGCGAUGGCGCCCAGGCGAUCCAGCGGACCCUGGGUACCCUGGCAACAGUUAGCAGUACCGGGGUUGAGACAUUGGAUGAGGUGUAUCGGAUUGAGGAAACCUGCACCUUCAUCUUGCAGAAUCAACUACACAAGGUAGCAUUGCAGUUCCCUGAUGACCUACUGGUGGAUUCAGCUGCAGUAGCUGCAAAACUUGAGAAGAGCACUGGGGCAAAAAUGUAUAUACUGGGAGAUACAUCAUAUGGCAGCUGCUGUGUGGACGAAGUUGCAGCAGAGCAUGUUGGAGCAGAGGGGAUUAUCCACUAUGGGAGAGCAUGUCUCAGCCCCACUAGACGGCUGCCAGUGAUGUAUGUGUUCGGUAGGAGGGCAGUUGACCUUGAGAGAUGUGUGGAUUCCUUCAGAGAACACUACCCUGACACACAGAGCCAUGUGAUUAUACUCUAUGACGUGCUCUAUUCCUUCAUCAUGGGUAGUCUGCAGCAUAUCCUUGAAUCUGAAUAUGCCAAUGUUGUCAUGUCCCAGAUCAGCGCAGAUGGGACCCAGUGUUAUAGUCCCAGGCAGACAGAUAAACCCCAUGAAGAGGCCCAGGCUGAAACUAAUCCAAACCAGACAGAUGCUCAGUUUGUUCGGAAAUUCGGCCGUCAGUUUGCAUUGAGGGAAGGCAGCAGCUUGGAAGACUACAGAAUAUUUUACAUAGGCCAGGAGGGCGUAACCUUAACAAACUUCAUGAUGACCUUUAACCAGUGCUCCUUCUACACCUUUGACCCCGAGACAAGGGCUGGGAGGCAGGAGUCAGUGAACAUCAACAAGGCCCUAAUGAAGCGAUAUUACUUAAUUGAGAGGGCCAAAGACUCCAAAGUAGUGGGCAUUUUAGUGGGCACUCUUGGUGUUGCAGAUUACCUGUCCAUCAUUGACCAUCUAAAGGACCUGAUUAGAAAAGCAGGGAAGAAGAGCUACGUGUUUGUCAUGGGGAAGCUUAAUGUGCCCAAGCUGGCAAAUUUUCUCGAGAUUGAUAUUUAUGUGCUGGUGGCCUGUCCAGAGAAUUCCUUCCUGGACUGCAGCGAGUUUUACAGGCCGGUGGUGACACCCUUUGAAAUGGAGGUAGCCUGUAACAAGAACAGGGAAUGGACUGGAGAAUAUGUCACCAGCUUCAGGGACUUGCUACCGGGGGCGUGCAGCCACGUUGAGUUCCCUAAUCCAGAUCCAGAUGCUGAUGGUGACGACACUGAUGUCUCACUGAUCACUGGGGCUCUGCGAUCCUCUUAUUGGAACAACUCAGAAUCCCAGGACAAUCUACCCGGUUCUUCUCUGGUUCAGAGAAACCCAACACUGACGGUAGCUCAGACAAACCCAGCAGCUUCCUUCUUGGCCUCUCGUAGUUGGCAGGGACUGGAACAGAAGCUGGGAGAGACGCCUGUGACCAAAGCAGUGGAAGGGAGGCGAGGAAUUGCUAUUGCCUACGAGGAAGAAGGGAAUAGCUAAAGCAGCAGGCUGCUCAGGACAUUGCAUCGUAAAACAUAUGUAUCUAUCACAAGAGAAGGGGUUAAGGUAGACUCAUGAUAUCCACUAACUUGCAAAGUGGUUUGACCUCAACAAUGUUGUCAGUUUUCUGUCCAGAACCAAGCAACAACAUGGUAUCACUAUACACAUAUUCUUACACCUACCCCACCACGUAAAUAUUAAUAAUGGUAUGAAUUCCAGUGGUUUUUAAAGGAAAUAGUUUGCAGUAUCAGGAAUAUAUGAUUCCUGGUGAAGGUGGACACUUUCAGACGUAAGGGAUUUAAAAUAAGGAAAGCCACAGUGGACUGUUGGCACAUGGAAAAGUAGGUUUAUAUAGGGAUGGAAAUAAACUCCUAUUGCAUAGAGUUCCACCCUUUCCAGGUGUUACCAAGAGCUUGAUUAGCCACAAUGUAUAGGUAACAGACUCUGGUGUUUCUUAUUAAAUUCAUAGUAAAACCAGGAAUGGAUCAAACUGCUGUGAAAUGGGAGUCUUAUUUCCAUCCCUACAUAUAAUAAUUAAAAUAUGAAAAUAUGUUUGGACUAUUUUGUGUCAUGUCAGUAGGAAACAAAAAUUACAUUUUAUAUUUGUCAAAGCACAAUGAUGGUUCCUUAAAAUGAGGUAAUGGUAAGCAGAUCCACAGCAGUCUGCCAAUCUCUGGCAGUGCCGCAAACAUUGUACUCAAGAUUGUUUAAUGUCAAAUUACAGGUUUCAUUUUCCCCAUCAUUAAAUGAAUUAAAUACAAAUAUAAAAAGACAUCUGUCAGAUGAAGGCAUCAUUGAGUGUGAAGGAGCACUUAAUCACAGUCAACAUAAUCGGAUUUCUGGCCUUCUGUGUUUCUGUAAACCAGCCACCACUAUUUCAACUGGUAAUAUACCUCAUAUUACCUCAAGAUACUGAUUUAAUUUUGUUUUUAGUGUUCUAGAAACUCCUCAUUCAGAAUUUAAUGGGACUGACAUAUUGGGGUCAUGUGACUUGUGUUCGGGUUGGUAAAGACCAACAUUUGCAUUGUUAUCAAAACCAUGCAUACAUAAUCUUUUAGUGACAUGGAGUUUCAUAUUGAGACUUUAUAUUGAGGUCAUAAGAAGUGUCUUGGUUAUAGAGACUUUACAGUACUUGGUUAAUGUUUGGUACACAGCUUUAUUCUAUGAUUUUCCAAGUUAAGUUCCAUUUAUAGUUUUAAACUCUUCACAGUUUGUACAGAGCUGUAGUCUAUGAUUCUCUCAACAAAGUCCCAUUACAGGAAUUGUCCAGUGAAAUGAACUCUUCUGUCACAAAUGUUUUCACCUCUGGCCAUAUUCAUAACACACACCAUUUUACAUACACUAUUCAUUUUACCUAAUGGUUUACAAACCAUACAGUGAGAUCUGCCAUUCCUCUUACAUGAUGCCCUUGGGAAUGCUUUCAUUGUAUGCCAGUAGUGGGUUCAACAUGCCAGCACGGUAAUCGGUGAGGUAUUUCACAAUAUUUAGCAAGGACAGAAGCCAUUGUAAUAAUGGUGCCCAUUUUAUUUCCAUAGCAACACUGUUUUUUACACAGCAGGUGAAGUCCCAGCUGGUAGAUGACUGUAUUGUAGUUAUCAUUUAAUUUACCCUGUGUUUGAUCACUGGAUUUUUUGGCAGCUACUCAUUAGAGCAACACAACGAUUUAGAAUGAAUGCAAAAUCAUAAAAAUGUAAGGAAUGGGUAUAAAAAAAAACAUGGCAUUUGUAAUUAAAUGUACUUUUAGCCAAAGCUGUUUUUGAUAGUAUAAACUUGAAUGAGGGAACCUUAAAUAAGCAGAAACCAUUUAAUAGAUUACAAUAACAUUUUAAAAGUGAUUGCACCUGUCUUAGAAUGGCUAAGCAUUUGUAACACCAUCUAUUAUUUAUAAAUAAUCCUACAUAUGAAAAUGUAAUGUACAGUAUAAUUAAUGAGAAAUAGUUUUUUGAUGAUUUAUUCAGAAUAAAUAAAUGCCUGUUCAGGAAGGCAUGAAUAAGUUGGCUUGCUAGUAAUCUAGGAAGCAAGGGGGAAAAAGUAUUUCAGUGUCAACCAAAAUCAAUGGCUGUUUUUAGUGAAAUGCUCCACAGUCUUACUGUAAUUAUCCAUGUUACAAAAUGCUUGUUUACAGAUAAUGGCACAUUUUGGGUGUUCUUCUUUCCAGGUUCUUUAGAAGUAGGUGAAUGUAGUCUGCCUUAUCUCCAUUCAUGACCUCAUUGCUCACUGUUGUGUACUUUACCUUUUGUACACUUUUACUAUUUACUGUAGGUCAGUCCCUUGUCAGGAGUGAACUUGGAUCAGUCUGUUGGUAUACAUAUCAUUGGGCAGUCAUGAGUAAUCAGUAUUGUAACUGUAUAUUUUAGCACCCAGUUUAAGAGUGGUCUGUUUCACAGAUGACAAAUCUAAGCUUUAAAAGGUUAGCUAGAAGAACAUUUGUGGAUCGGGCAGACAGAAGCCUAUGUUUUUACAACCAACAUGGCCCAAUACCACUCCAUUUCAUAUUCUAAAUCGACCAUGAGUCAUUGUUUUCAGUAAUUUUAAGUAUCAUUAUUUAAACAUCCAAUAUCAAAUAGAAAGCAAAAAGCUAGGGGUCCUCUCUUUCCUGCACACUUUACUCUAGCUUCUCAUGAGUAAGUGUACCAAUAAGGUAGUGAUCUAUAACAUGUUUAUUUAUUUUUUGCAUUAUAGGACGACUUAGCUAUAAAUACAAAUCUAAUAACACAUCCUUCUUGAGAAAUUAAUUUAACAUACUUAUGUACAAUAAUUUAAUUACAGUUUCUUGCCCAAGGAUCCUUUUAAAAGCCCUGUAACUAAUGCCUCUUUUCCACUGUACACCCGAGCAACGCCAGGGCCGUACCGAGCCCUAACGGUGGGGUUAAGGGGAGCCUGGGUUGUUUUUCCACUGCAGAGCUGGGCUACUGACGUCACAUGCAAUGAAAGUCGGUUGUUAUUUAUUAUUAUUUAUUAACUCAGUUUGCCAAAAGAUGCACAAAUGGUGUUCAUUUACUAUGUACUGACUGAUGCAACGUAAUGACAAAAAUCCUUAACACCGCCCCUGACUCGGCUCAGCUCGCAGGCCAUGGUUUGGUUCUCGCUCAGCUCGACAAAUAGCCAGUGGAGAACCACCCGUACCUGUACGGUACAGAGCCUUCACGGGUCCGAUGUGCCAGUGGAGAAGGUAUGAUAGUGUGCACCAUGAUAGUUUGUGAUGAUAUUUCAUUGUUUCUUGGUAGAACUGGACUGUCUCAAACGUAGUUGGAUGUUACACGGUUAAUACAGUAAUGAUAAUAUAACAAUAUGAUUUAACCUGAAACCUUAGAACCUACCACCAAAUCCACGUAGUGCUAUAAAGCACGGUAUAGUGAGUGAUGUCUCAAAUUAGCAAGCCUUUAACCAGACCUUUAAUAUUGCCACUACCGUAGUUGAUGGGCAUGCAUAAUUUAUAAAAGCAAUUACCUAUCACCCCCCUGUCCUGCUACUGUCAUCAUAGGCAUUUUCACUUUAGCACUUCAAACUAAUUAGCAGGCAAGGGCAAUAACACGACAGACAAUAUUGUUUCUUUGUUCAUUUUAAACAUUUGUUUUCAUGCACGACUCAUUUUUUACAGUGAACAUUGGUGUUAUCAGUUUAAAGACCGCAUUUAAACAUUGGCUCGAUGCCUUGUGUCUUUGUGUGCUGUGGCAAACCGGGGUAAGCUUGCCACUUUCAGGACUUAUCUUAUUAUGUUAAAAGACAAACUCUCACAGCAGAUUUAAAAACAGGACAAUGCCUGCAUAUUUAUUUGUAUUUACACAAAACAAAAGCCUAACUCCUUCCAGGAUUUCUAACUAUAUUUUUAUCAGUUUUAACUAUAAUCAGACGGCUAAGCCAUUUACCGGUAAUGAAAAACAACACUUGAACACAAGUAUUGCAACACAGUACCUUUUCUCAGGUCGGACCACGCAGGUCUCUAUAAGCCUUAGCCUUCACGCAGACACUGACUCACCUUACAGACCGGGUUUUAUGCACCUGCCUCAAUUACUAGCAGGUGUGCCUAAUUCAAUUAAUUAAACAGUUCCACUGGGGCUGUUCAAAGCAGCCACAAACACACCUUUUCUAGUGUGUUGUCUCUAUCCUGACUGCAAAAAUAACUAUUAUUUUUAAAACAUUGUCUUAAAAUGACAUGUUUUACAUAUUAUACAGACAGUACUGUCAAUAAAUGCACUCUAUUGAUUAUAAUAUAA